GUUGGUAACCUGUCCGUCAGUUUAGCAGCUAAGGAAAAUUUUCACUUGUGCACGGGUUACUUGUUUCAUUCGGUUGGUUCGGGCACAUCGGUCUUGUGAUAUCACCUGCUUCAUUCGGUGUGUAGUGGCUUUACAUUUUUCCUGGUCUGGACAAGCGGCAACAACUUAGUUAUAAAACGGAACGAAAGGACCAAAUCGGAAAAUGGCCAAUCUAAAUAAGAUCGCUGUCGAGGAACGAGAGUCCAAGUUCGGAUAUGUAUAUGCCGUAUCCGGUCCAGUCGUCACUGCCGAACGUAUGUCCGGAUCGGCUAUGUACGAACUGGUGCGUGUCGGUUACUACGAGCUGGUUGGUGAGAUCAUCAGGCUGGAAGGUGACAUGGCCACCAUCCAGGUAUACGAAGAAACGUCCGGUGUCACUGUCGGAGAUCCCGUGCUGCGUACCGGCAAACCUCUCUCAGUUGAACUUGGUCCCGGUAUUAUGGGUAGCAUUUUUGAUGGUAUCCAGCGUCCGUUGAAGGAUAUUAAUGAGCUGACCGAAUCGAUCUACAUUCCCAAGGGUGUCAACAUUCCGUGCUUGUCUCGUACCCAGAGCUGGGAUUUCAACCCGUUGAAUGUCAAAGUUGGUUCACACAUCACCGGUGGAGACUUGUACGGCUUGGUGCACGAAAAUACACUGGUGAAGCACAAAUUGCUGGUACCUCCUCGUGCUAAAGGUACGGUGCGUUACAUUGCUGCUCCUGGCAACUACACAGUGGACGAUGUUAUCCUGGAAACGGAGUUCGAUGGGGAAAUCAACAAGUACACUAUGUUGCAAGUUUGGCCCGUACGUCAGCCACGUCCAGUGACAGAAAAGCUACCCGCAAAUCAUCCUUUGCUUACCGGUCAGCGUGUGCUGGAUUCACUGUUCCCUUGCGUCCAGGGUGGUACCACUGCCAUUCCCGGUGCCUUUGGUUGUGGCAAAACUGUCAUUUCACAAGCUCUUUCCAAAUACUCCAACUCAGAUGUCAUCGUUUAUGUCGGUUGCGGAGAGCGUGGUAAUGAGAUGUCUGAAGUAUUGCGUGAUUUCCCCGAGCUGUCGGUGGAAAUUGAUGGUGUCACUGAAUCUAUCAUGAAGCGUACUGCGCUGGUCGCCAACACCUCCAACAUGCCUGUCGCCGCCCGUGAAGCGUCUAUCUAUACCGGUAUUACCCUGUCCGAAUACUUCCGUGAUAUGGGCUACAACGUAUCUAUGAUGGCUGAUUCGACGUCUCGUUGGGCUGAGGCUCUUCGUGAAAUUUCCGGUCGUCUUGCUGAAAUGCCUGCCGAUUCUGGUUAUCCUGCAUAUUUGGGUGCUCGUCUUGCUUCCUUCUACGAACGUGCCGGUCGCGUCAAAUGUCUAGGAAACCCGGAACGAGAAGGAUCCGUAUCGAUUGUCGGUGCCGUAUCACCACCCGGUGGUGAUUUCUCCGAUCCCGUCACCUCGGCUACACUCGGUAUCGUACAGGUGUUCUGGGGUUUGGACAAAAAACUGGCCCAGCGGAAGCAUUUCCCUUCCAUCAAUUGGUUGAUUUCUUACAGUAAAUAUAUGCGAGCCCUGGACGAUUUCUACGACAAAAAUUUUCCCGAAUUUGUUCCACUGCGUACUAAAGUCAAGGAAAUUCUACAGGAAGAAGAAGAUCUGUCAGAAAUCGUGCAGCUGGUCGGUAAGGCGUCGUUGGCCGAAACGGACAAGAUCACACUCGAGGUUGCCAAGCUGUUGAAGGAUGAUUUCCUGCAGCAGAACUCGUACUCCGCGUACGAUCGUUUCUGUCCCUUCUACAAGACAGUCGGAAUGCUGAGGAACAUCAUUGGAUUUUACGACAUGGCCCGGCAUGCCGUGGAAACCACUGCACAGUCGGAAAACAAGAUCACCUGGAACGUGAUACGUGACUCGAUGGGUAACAUUCUCUACCAAUUGUCGUCGAUGAAGUUCAAGGAUCCGGUGAAAGAUGGCGAAGCCAAAAUCAAGGCAGAUUUCGAUCAGCUGUACGAAGACCUACAGCAAGCUUUCCGUAAUUUGGAGGAUUAAGCACAAAACCAUACGUGACUUAACCAAUUGUCCGAAAUUUAAAAUUUCCUUAAACAGUUUUAUUGUUUUCCUUAAACGUAAAAGUGUAAACAUAGAGAAAAAAUACCUAGAUACCUAGAAGCAUUAAAAAUAGAACAAAACAUGUAUUGCAAAACAAGCCUGAUCAACAAUUGCAUCCACCCAAACAGGCACCGUUUAACAGGAGUAUUUAGGUAAUGUACACAAUUUGAGCCAACACAAUAUUAGUAAUUGGAGAAUUCAGCAUAGUGAUUACAAAAAACGGCGAAUGUUUUUAUGGUUUUACAUACAUCAUAAGCGUGGUAAUAUUAACAUCUGCAACGAAAGUUGAUAAUAAAAGGGGAUUCAAUGAAUAAAAAAGCUGCAUGCUCUCAGCUAGAAUAAACUGUGACGUCACGAAACAAAUAUGUACUACUUGAAAUAACUUCUAAAUGUACCACGGAAGGAGGAGAAACAUUCGAUAAUGCUAAAACCCAUAUAGAAAUGUGUAAGAAAAAUAAUCGUAUAAACAGAGAAUGUUUUACUGUGUUUAAGAUAAUGAUGUUGUUAUAUUGAUUUAUUAUUUAGUGAAUAUAUUUUAAUCCUUAAUUUUGAAGUCGUUUUUUCCAAGUGUUUAUCGGUAAUAUCGAUAAUAGUAGAGAUACUAUUUCACGUCGGGUGCAUGUCUACAGCAAUGUCUCUGUGUGACAACCUUAAGUUUAUGCUAUAAAAUGCUAUAUAUAACAAGAAUGAGAUAAGUAAACCCUCUAUGAAAGUUGCAUUCCGCAUCAAUA